AUGGACGAUCUUUUAACGGGCGCCAACACGAUUGCAGAUGCUGUUAAUUUAAGAGAGGAGGUGAUAAACACUAUGAACAGUGCUGGAUUCGUAUUACGAAAAUGGAUAUUUAAUGAGCAUGCAUUAUUGACAAAUAUAUCGAAUAAUAAUGACGAUCCAAUGUUCAUCCUAAAUAUAGACGGCACCGCGGUAAAGACGCUAGGAUUGUACUGGGAUCCUCGGACGGACGCUUAUCAGUACAAAAUUAGUAAUCGCAAUUAUACUAACGACCUGGCGAUGUCGAAAAGAAAAGUAUUGUCUACCAUUGCGACAAUUUACGAUCCGUUAGGAUUAAUCGGUCCUGUAAUCGUAACCGCAAAAAUUCUAAUGCAAAAGCUAUGGCAACACAAAUUAGAAUGGGAUGCUGUAUUGCCGGCGCAAUUAAAGGAAGAAUGGGGCAAUUAUCUUGAAGAGUUAACUGACAUUGAAAAUAUAAAAAUUCCACGAAGAAUAAUAGGCGUCGAGAAUAAUAAUGAAAUCGAAAUGCACGGUUUUGCCGACGCAUCAAUUUGCGCGUAUGGGGCAUGCAUUUACUUAAAGGCUACGGACGAAUACGGCAACUGCACAGCGCGGCUAGUCGCCGCGAAAUCACGCGUAGCGCCCUUAAAGGUAGUAUCGCUAGCCCGAUUAGAGCUUUGCGCUGCCGUGUUAUUAAUACAGCUGGUAGAAAAGGUGAUACCGAUUUUAAAUAUAAAAAUAAAAAAUAAGUAUUAUUGGACCGACUCGGCCAUAGUAAACCCUGGCUAA